AUGAAUCUUCCAAACCCCAAACUCACACCCGUACCCCUAGAUCUCAACAACGGAACUAAUACCGAAACUUCCAAAACCGCCUACGAAAUUGUUCCAUGUGGCGAGGACUCACUAGAUCAAGCGCCGCGGCGGGAAAGGACCGCAGACGACAACCUCAUGGACUGCUUUUUGCUCCGAAGCCUGAGUGCAGACACUCUGCGCGCUGCUUCUACUACGAAGACACCCUUAUCUCUCGCGGCAUCGGUUCGAAACGCGACAUCUGAUAGUUCAAUAACGAAUGUGCAGCUUUCCGUUCGCGAUGUGUCCACAAUCCGCGGUAUGUUUGCGCCGAGGUAUAGAUACGACAAUAGAGGAAGCCUAUCACUGCCUUCUUCUGACAAACUCUUCCAUAAGGUUGAUACAACCGCAGACACGUCUGAAAACACCCCUCCAUCACAGUCUCUCCCAUCUUUUCGUUCAACAUUCGGAGAGUUUGACAAGCUGUUCCUGACGCGUCUGUCUGAUCAAGAUCCGCAUCAUUCACCACUGGGUGAUUAUAGAACACUUCCCACACUCUCCCCACACACAGCGACAUGUGCAAGUACACCCUCCUAUCCAGUAAACACUAGUUAUCCUAGUGAUCCGACAGAACAUAGUAGCAGCAAUGCUGGUGAGACUCCGAGUACCAAUUAUUCCAUUUCUACACCUGAAAGAUCGGCUUCAAUCAGCUCAAGCUCAAUUCCUGACCAUACGAGCAAUGAUGGAGUCGGGAAUCCGCAGCCUCUUUCCGGCUCAUAUACGUGCACGGUUACUGGAUGCAAUACAGCGCCUUUCCAGACUCAGUAUCUCCUCAACUCUCACAUGAAUUUACAAUCAUCUAUACGGCCACACUAUUGUCCAGUCAAAGGCUGUCCAAAAAGUGAAGGGGGCAAGGGCUUCAAAAGAAUGAAUGAACUGAUAAGACAUGGACUGGUUCACGACUCCCCACUCUACGUCUGCCCCUUUUGCCCGGAUAGGAAACACAAAUAUCCACGCCCAGAUAAUCUUCAGCGACACGUCCGUGCUCAUCAUAUAGACAAAGACAAGGACGACCCGCAACUGAGAGAUGUUCUUGCUCAGAGACCAAAUGGACCUAACCGUGGUCGAAGAAGACGCGGCCCGCCGGCGUAA